AAAUCCCACAAUCUGUAAUUAUAAUAACCGAAGUUUCUUUGUUCUAACCAUUCCCCAAUCAAUAACGGAGGAGCAGCAAAGUCCGUCGUUUCAUCCACGAUGGCGUUGCAAGAAAGGCUACAGAAGUUCAAGAAGCAGCAAGAGAAGUGCCAAACGACACUUUCGAGCAUUGCAGCUAGCAAAGCCGCUAGUCAAAAAGCUGUUUCCCAUGGUAUCGCUUCGGUCAAUGGAAGAAACGCAGCCCCUGCAGUCAAGUUCUCUAACGACACAGAGAGGCUUCAACAUAUUAACAGCAUUCGCAAAGCCCCUGUGGGUGCUCAGAUGAAGCGUGUUAUUGAUCUCCUUCUAGAGAUACGGCAAGCUUUAACGCCAGAGCAGAUAAAUGAAGCGUGCUAUGUUGACAUGAAGGCUAACAAAGAUGUUUUUGAUAAUUUGAGGAAAAAUCCUAAAGUACACUAUGAUGGGCAACGAUUCUCUUAUAAGUCAAAGUAUGGUCUUAAAGACAGAACUGAGCUUCUUCAACUGAUACGUAAGUAUCCGGAGGGCAUUGCUGUUAUUGACCUAAAGGAUGCUUACCCCACUGUGAUGGAAGACCUGCAGGCUUUGAAAGCUGCAGGGCAGAUUUGGCUGCUCUCCAACUUUGAUUCACAGGAAGACAUUGCUUACCCUAAUGAUCCCAAAGUGCACAUUAAGGUGGAUGAUGAUCUAAAACAGCUUUUUCGGAGUAUUGAAUUGCCUCGUGAUAUGAUUGAUAUAGAGAAGGAUCUUCAAAAGAAUGGCAUGAAGCCCGCGACUAACACUGCUAAGAGGAGGAGUGCAGCACAAAUUCAAGGCAUUUCCUCCAAGCCCAAGCCUAAGAAGAAGAAGAGUGAAAUCAGCAAGAGAACCAAGCUGACCAAUGCUCAUCUUCCUGAGCUUUUUCAGAACUUAAACAAUUCCUGAUUUACUCUCAACAACUGUUGGAUUAGUUCACAUAGAUAGUUUGUCAGCCAGCCUAAACUAGAUUAUCAGAGUGGAACAUUCAGGAGGUUCUUGUUGCUCUCCCGUACUCUUGUUUUCAAUAUUUGUACAUCAAGGCUGCAGCUAAUGCACUGUUGUGAUCUAUAGCAACUCGAAAUAAUUUGUGAAUCCUUGUAUAUUAAACCAUGUAAUGUUUAAUUUUCGAGUCUUGUAACUUUUUAUACAAAAUCUAUUAGAUCGAAAGUUGUUUUUCCU